AUGAGCCUUCAGUCUCAGUACAAACCUCUUCUUCCAGCGCCCGAGGCUGGAGGUGCUGGUGGGAAUGACCCAGAUAAACGAGUUGCUGCCAAGCGGAGAAGAGCAAACAGGCCCAAUGCCUGCGAGAACUGUCGUCUCAAAAAAGCCCGUUGCGACGGUAAAAGACCCUCCUGUUCAAAGUGCGAGAGAUGGGGUACCACCUGUGUCUACAGCGUCGACCAUCUCGCCAAUGUAGAAAGGGAACUCAAAGACCACCGCGAUAUUCUUGAGCUUCUGCUCUCCCUUCCUGAAGAUGAAGCCCUCGCCGCUCACAGGCAGCUGCGCAGCACGAGUAAUCUUGCAGACGCGUUGUCAUCGCUGCAGGGCAGUAUGCACGGCAGGCAUAGACCGUCAAGUAUACGGACUGCGCAGGCGAUAUCGCCUCCCACGUCGUCGAGUCUUGAGUUUGAGCUGACGGUGCGGCAUCGCAUGGCGUAUCCCACUUUGUUCCCCUUGGACAUCCCCUCUUUGAGCGCUGAUCCUCGCUUGAGGCCUGUUCAGCGAUCGCAGGGUCUUUUGGAGGGAUCUUCGCCUUCUGACACAAUGUCGCCUUCGACGUCGUCCAGCAAUGAUCAAUCUGGCGCUACACCGAGUGAUCGGCCUAGUAUUAAACAAGAAGAAGACAUUGGUCCUCAUCGCGAUAAAUAUUGCGAUGAACGGUUACACCAGCUGCAGAUUGGUUACUGGACCGGCGUGUCCAUUGAAGAUGAAGUCGCAGCCCGCGCAAUCUCGCACUACCUCAAAGGCAACCACGCGAUAUUCGGCUUCUUCGACCCAGACUUAUUUAUACAAGAUCUCAUCGCCCACCAACACAACUACUGUUCGUCAUUUCUAGUAAAUGCCCUGCUGGCCCACGCCUGUCAAGCUUACUCCGUCGUUGACGAACCCGUGGGCGCUCUGAGUAAAGAUUUCGUCAGUAACGCUGGUGUUUUAUGGCGCGCGGAAAGAUCGACAGACUCUCUAGUUAAUGUCGCUGCUAUUCUCAUGCUGAGUGUUAGUUGUCAUCUGCAGAGAUCGGAUAUUGACAGCCAUGAGCUUCUUGAUGAUGGGCGCGCUAUGGCGGAGCGCAUGAAGCUCUUUGGUGUGCGACAUACACCCGAGAAUGCAGCAUUGUUCGAAGGUUUGGAACCAGAUACAAAGCGCGCAACAGCGCACACAGCAUGGGGAGCAUACAGCUACCUAACAUUAAACUCAUUCUGGGUUCCCACAAGACCCAUAUCGUUCCCACCCAUGUUUCCCGUACCGGGACGCAACAGCAAUGACACGAUAGAUGAAAGGUUAGCAGUUCACUGGCCUCGACACUUCAUCCCUGACUAUGCAGGCCAAACGUUUCAAGCGCUGUGUGAGCUGUGGACGAUAAUGCAGGAGGUAGUAGCUGUUUACUUUGCGCAGAAGGGUGCCACAAUGAGGAUUCCUCUGGCCUUUGUCGAGGCAAAGUAUCAGAAGAUACUGUCUUUUACGGAUUCUUUGCCCGAGGAGAUGUCUUCUGUUGAUCCGAGGAAUAUGCCUGAUCAUGUUCUAGCGUUUAAUAUUCUACUGCAUGUCGCUAUUACGAAUAUUUUUCAUCCGUUUAUCAUGGAUCCGAUGAACGAGAAGCUUAAUUCCGCUUCUCUAGAAUCACCGAAAGCUGUUCUUCGCGCAUCGAUAAAUCAGCUUCAACGACUCAUCGUCAUAAGCCGUCUUUAUCACCCACACGCACACUCAUUGAGCGUUCUGUCGUCAGCAGUAGUCCACGUCAGCAACACAAUCAUCCGUGACGCCGCCCUACAAAACCAACCUCUCCAACCAGAAACAUUCCCUGCCGUCCAUCACACAGAUCGAGUAAACACCGACAAUCCCAACUGGCACUUUUACUUCCUAGUCUGUCUAGCAGCAUGUCAAGACCUGGGCGCCUGCUUUCCCGUCUUCGAGCCUGUCGGCAAAGGUCUUCUCGCUAUGGCAAUGCGUGACGGAAGUAUGUCCGCCGCUGAAGCAAACCGGUUAAUGCGAGCGCUGGAAGGACAGCGACCGAGAGAAGCGGAGACUUUCGGGAGUUUUGUGCUUGAUUUUAAUCUGGAAGCUACGAAGCAAGGUGGUGGGCAGGUUAAAGAUUUGGCCGCGCAGUUUGAGGAGUUUAGCAUGCAUACUCACAAGAGCUUUGAAGCUUCUAGUCUCGUUGUGAUGAUAUUCGGAAGUCUUGUCAAGUGCACUUGA